GUUUCUUCAGUCUUAUUAGUACUCAGGUCUAUGUAGUAAAUGAAUAAAGUUAAUAUUCACAGCGCUCCGUAAGUCAUACAAAUACAGUAGGCCUAAACUUCCGAGAAAAUGAGCAUGUGGGCACAAAAAGCGGUAUUGGCCAUGGUCAUUAUUAUCUUUAACUCGGGGCUAACGUCGGCAAUGUGCAAACCAACUUGUUCUGUGGUGAAUCAGAAAGAAAGAAUCGUGAAGUGUUCUGGGCGACAGCUUACGUGCAUUCCCAUAGUGCAUCCGCAAACGCGGGAACUCGUUCUUGAGAACAAUCUACUUACAAAAAUUCCGAGGAAUGCUUUUAGUCAUUUACCUUAUCUUGAAAAACUGAUUCUCAACAAUAAUCAUAUCUCUACUAUCGAACCGGGAGCAUUUAACUAUCUCCAACGUCUGGAAGCACUAUACUUACGGCAUAAUAGAUUAGAAAAAGUUUCAGUUGGUGCGUUUGCUGGCAUACCAAAGCUAAAGAUUCUCGACCUUGCUCACAAUAGUAUCAGCCAUAUUGAAAGUGGUGCUCUCAAACCUAUGAAAGCAUUGGUACAUCUUUACCUCAGUGCCAAUAAGCUGAAGGUCAUCUCUGAUGAUAAUCUUACUGGCUUAGGAAAUGUGCAGCUCAUUUCAUUUCUCUCAAACAACAUAUCUUUAAUAUCCAAAAACGCAUUCCUUGGCCUUGUCCGUUUACAGACCAUAUACCUUGGGAAUAACAAACUGCAGACAGUUCCAAAUAUUUUACAACAUGCUCGUUCAUUAGUGUCAAUUGGACUGGAAAACAAUCCUCUAAUUUGUGACUGUCAACUUGAAUAUUUGCGCAUUUGGUUACGUGCGCGUAUGACUUCUCGACGUAUACUCACUACCUCACCUGUUAGAUGUGCAACUCCAUCUUUAUUGAAAGAGGAGGACCUUCGGACUGUAACAUUUAGGCUAAAGUGCAUCAAGCCGAACAUCACGUCUACAACAACAAGUAUCCUGGCAAAAGUGCAAAAUAAUGUAAUGAUCAAAUGUGAGGCAAGUGGGUCGCCAAUGCCAAACAUUUUAUGGACUCUCCCUCCAAGAGUUAAUCCAACACAAGUUGAACGUCUUUCCAAUGGACAUUUGUUGAUUAACGCCGCCCAGAUGAGUCAUACAGGCGAAUAUAUUUGCAGUGCUAAAAACAUCGCCGGUGAAGCUCAAAAAUACUUUAAUGUGGAUGUCCUCUGUGAAUGUAAUUCUUGUGGAAAAAGUGACCAGUCACUGCCUGACGUUGUGUACACCGAUGAAAUUGUAGUUGGUCAGGAUGGAGACCAAAAUGUUGACCUGUGUUCCACGAAUUACUCAAUGGUACACGUCUCUCUAGCCGGUGUAUUCAUUACUAUCGCUAUAACAUUUGUUUUAACAUUUCUGUUUACGGCAAUCUUCCUAACAUAUUGGUUUAAAAAGCACAACAAACCUGUACGUAAACAUAACAACCUAAACAAUACGGCUAGCUACUCAUCGACAGGCUCAUCUUUAACGCUUGCUUCUUCUGAACGCCGAAUUCUAACAUUACCACAAGCAAAAAAUGAGAUGAGCUUUCCUGGUAUUGCACGAUAUUACACUCCUCCAGAACGCCCAAGGAUGACAGCAGAUGCACAGUCAAAAUACAAACACAGGAAGCUUGUGGCCUCCAUUAGUGAUAACACAUACAGCAGUAUGUAUUCGUCACUGUAUAUAGGAAACGAUGAAUAUGCGUUUGUACGCAAUCGAGUUAUUGAUGAUUAUGAUUAUGAUUAUGAUUAUCGAGAUCUUGAACAUGUUUAUGCAGGACCAAACGAAGUUGUAAAGCCCCCGGGUCUCAGUUCCCGUCCAACGUAUAUGAACAGAAACGACGGAGGUAGGGAUGACGGUGGUGGUUGUAGUACAGGAACGAAUGACUACUCCUGUUUGGAGUUGGCAGGCCUGAACCAUGGCAGACCAUACAAAACUCGUAAUCAAUUAAAUAAACUCUAGCGUAGUUUUUUUUUCUUUUAUUUAUAUUUUAUUUAUUUCAUAAUUUACAUUCAACAGUUGUAGCUUCAUAUAUUUAGAUUUUUCUUUAGUUAUUUCGUCAAUAUUACUAAUGGAAAAGAAACAGCGAUGACGUUAGAGUAUCAUAUCCGUAAAACCUCGAAUAGAAGUAAUAUUGGCUUUAUCACAUGAAGAAGCCCGGGUCUCUAAAAGAACUUCCGCCACCUCUUUAGUUUUCAAAAGUAAUCUCAAAAAGAAGUCCAUCUCUUAAAAUAAUCCGAUAGGUUUCUAUUCUAGAUAGUACGAGCUCCGAUAGGCUUCUAUUCUAGAUAGUACGGGCUUCUUUUCGAGACAGUUACUAUACAUUGUAAUCGAAUUUCAAAGAAACAGAAACAAACACUUGGUUUAUAGUUUAUGUAAAGUCGGGUUAUUAUACCAUAUACUAUGUGACACAGACUGACGUUCUUUUAUCAUUAUGAUAGCGUGCCGUAUCAAUGUUAUUUCAUUGCAGCAUGGUUAAAUUACGGUACUGGACGAUUAUAACCAAAACGGUACAGAUUACGUAUGAUCAACUGGAUUUUUGUGCAUGCAUUCCGUUUGAAGAAGCCGAAAAAUAGAGAAAGUGUUUUUAGGGGUUGCCUUGGUUGUAAUAUAAAUUCAUUAGAAGAAAAAAAAUUGUUAACAUAAUUAAUAUAUUACAAAUGUAUACACGUUUAAUAAAUUACUCCAAGUCGUGUCAUUUGUUAUUUUAUGGCCAUAAGCUAUAUCAAAAGAUUGAUAAUUUAUGUAUUUAUUUAGAUGUCCAACAGAUUGUCGUCGGAACGUUUGAUCCUCCAUGGUUUGAUUAUGAUUAUAUUUUUUAAAUUUUUCUUUUUUUUUUCUUGUUAAAAUUCUUGUUAAAAUUACACGGAAUUUCUUAUUUUAUGGUUAAAAAGUGUCUCCAGUUCCUCUUUACCAUUGUAUAGUAGCAAAAAUAUUUACAGCAUUCAUUUUGGCGAAAUUAAUCUAAAAAACAAGCCCAUCUCGGAAAGAAUCCCAUCUUUAAAAACAAAAGAAGGGAUUCUUAUCGAGGUUUUACGGUACGGUAUUGUGAGAGAGGGUAGACCUGUUUUACAGGCCUAUUUACCUUGAGUCAGUCAUAUGGAGUGUCUAAAUAAUAAUAAAUUUGUAUCAUAAUUUUAUCAAUAUUAUUACUACUGUUGGAUGUAUAUAAAAUAUAAAAUACGAUUAUGUUUUCUGUAGUAUUUUUAAUUCUAAUUUAAGCAUAUUAUUUAAACUGUUUGUAUGUAAAUACUACAUUUGAAAGAUAUUAAAAAAAACUAUUGAGCAAUUUAGAAAUACGUAUUAGAUGAUGUUUUUAUAGAAUAUGUUAUUUUUUUUUUAGAAUAUAAGUAUACAAAACGGCAAUAAUUAUAUAUUUUGUAAUAAAAAAAAAGAGU